AUGACUAUGUAUACUUCCUACACUCUGCGUCCAGCCUCCGUGAGCCAGUUUGUACACAGCACUCAGCAAAACCACCUGUCCACCCUCCUCUCUACAGGAAGGCACUCAGAAGGGCUACAGCCUGGAGACAUUGCUGAAGGCAAAGGCAAGGGAGACUCCAUCAGGAUGAGUAUGAAAGGAUGUCAGACAAACAAUGGCUUUGUCCAAAAUGAAGACACCCCAGAACUGGAACUGGAUCCCAUCAGCUCCGUGGACAGCCCACAGCACCAGGCUCUGAGCAUCAUGGGCCCAGAGGAGCUCAGCCUCCAGGGUGUGCGGCCCUAUGCUGGGAUGCCCAAGGAUGUGCUGUUCCAAUUCUCAGGCCAGGCCUGCUACCGAGUGCCCCGGGAGAUCCUCUUCUGGCUCACCAUUGUGACUGUGGUCCUGCUCAUUGGGGCUACUGUGGCUAUCAUCGCCGUCUCUCCAAAGUGCCUGGACUGGUGGCAGGCAGGGCCCAUGUACCAGAUCUACCCAAGGUCUUUCAGGGACAGCGACAAGGAUGGGAAUGGAGAUCUGAAAGGUAUUCAAGAUAAACUGGACUACAUCACUACUUUGAAUAUAAAAACUAUUUGGAUCACUUCAUUUUAUAAAUCAUCCCUGAAAGAUUUCAGAUACGGUGUUGAAGAUUUCCAAGAAAUUGAUCCUACUUUUGGAACAAUGAAAGAUUUUGAGAAUCUGCUUGCAGCCAUACAUGAUAAAGGUUUAAAAUUAAUAAUUGAUUUCAUACCAAACCACACCAGCGAUAAACAUCCUUGGUUUGAAAUGAGUAGGACAUGGACUGGGAAAUACACUGAUUAUUACAUCUGGCGUGACUGUACCCAUGAAAACGGCAUAACCAUCCCACCCAACAACUGGUUAAGUGUAUAUGGAAACUCCAGUUGGCACUUUGAUGAAGUGCGACAGCAAUGUUAUUACCACCAGUUUUUGAAAGAGCAACCUGAUUUAAAUUUCCGAAAUCCUGAUGUUCAAGAAGAAAUAAAAGAAAUAAUACAGUUCUGGCUCUUGAAGGGUGUUGAUGGCUUUAGUUUCGAUGCUGUUAAAUUUCUUCUAGAAGCAAAAGAUCUGAGAGAUGAGAUCCAAGUCAAUAAGUCCCAAAACCCGGACACUGUCACUCGCUACUCAGAGCUGUACCAUGACUUCACCACUACCCAAGUGGGAAUGCACGACCUUGUCCGGAGCUUCCGGCAGACCAUGGACCAAUACAGCCGGGAGCCUGGGAGAUACAGAUUCAUGGGGACAGAAGCCUAUGCAGAGAGCAUCGACAGGACCAUGAUGUACUAUGGGCUGCCAUUUAUCCAAGAAGCUGAUUUCCCUUUCAACAAUUACUUUACCACCCUCUAUACUCUUUCUGGGAACAUUGUGCAUGAGGUUAUCACAUCCUGGAUGAAAAACAUGCCAGAAGGAAAAUGGCCUAAUUGGAUGACUGGUGGACCAGACAAUACUCGGCUGACCUCUCGUUUGGGGAACCAAUAUGUCAACACCAUGAACAUGCUGCUUUUUACACUCCCUGGAACUCCUAUCACUUACUAUGGAGAAGAAAUAGGGAUGCAAGAUAUUUUAGCCACAAAUCUCGAAGAAAGCUAUGAUACUAGUACUCUUCUUUCAAAGUCACCGAUGCAGUGGGAUAACAGCUCCAAUGCCGGGUUUUCUGAAGGCAAUCACACUUGGUUACCCACCAAUUCAGAUUAUCACAUUGUCAAUGUUGACGUCCAAAAGACUCAGCCUAGUUCAACUUUGAAACUGUAUCAAGAUUUAGGUCUACUUCAUGCCAAUGAGCUGCUCCUCAACAGGGGCUGGUUUUGCCUUUUGAGCAAUAACAGCCACUAUGUUGUGUACACAAGGGAACUGGAUGGCAUUGACAGAGUCUUUCUGAUGGUUCUGAAUUUUGGAGACUCAACACUGCUAAAUCUACAGGAAAUGAAUUUAGGUCUUCCUACAAAACUGAGAGUAAGACUGAGUACCAAUCCUGCCUCCCAACACAGUGAAGUUGACACGUCUGGCAUUUCUCUGGAGGAGGGAGAAGGAUUAAUCCUUGAAUACAACACGAAGAAUCUCCUUCAUCAGCAAACAGCAUUCAGAGACAAAUGUUUUAUUUCCAAUCGGGCCUGCUACUCCAGUGCCUUCAACAUAUUGUACAGUGUGUGCUAAGGACCUCUAUGAAAGACAUGGUGACCCUGGCACUCCUAACUAACUUCACAUAUAGCACGCUGCUGGGUAAACGUUAUGAAUAGUCACUAAUUCCUCACUAUUUCUGGCAUUUAAAUGUAACUGCAUUAGGAAAGGUUCUUAGAUGUUUAAAAUAAUAAUAAAAUGUUUAAAAGAAAA